UUCAGCAGGAUCUAAGAAAAUCGAAUCUAACGGAGGACACAGUAGCGUUGGAUUGAAGCCCUGUUAGAAGAAAAAAGAGGAAGGAAAAAUCACGCUUUCCCUUCCAUCCAAAGCCUCCCUGUACGGCUUGUUUGCACUUUCCUCUCCCUCUUCGCUUCGCUGCUCGAAACCUACUCGAGAUUCUCUCCGUCUCUGCGACCCACCAAGAAUCCCCGACCCUCUUCGCCAUCAUCAAUGGCUUUGCCGAAUCAACCGAUGUUCGAUGACCCGAGGUUCAAGCUUCUCAUCGUUGGCGAUAAGGGCACUGGCAAAACGACUUUUCUGAAGAGACUUAUUCCUGAGGAGUUUGAAAACAAAUAUGAGCCAACUACUGACGUCGAAGUCCAUUCUCUGGAUUUCUUGACAAACCGGGGGACGAUCUGUUUUGACUGCUGGGAUACUCCAGGGCAGGGUCUAAGAGAUGAAUAUUACAUUCGUGGCCAUUGUGCAAUUAUCAUGUUCGAUGUCACUGCUGGAUCGACAUACAUGAACGUUCCUGGAUGGCAUCGCGAUCUCUGCAGGGUCUGUGAGAAUAUGCCCAUUGUUCUCUGUGGGAACAAGGUAGAUGUGAAGAAUAGGCAAGUUGAAGCAAAGCAGGUUACGUUCCAGCGGAAGAAGAAUCUGCAGUACUAUGAAAUUUCUGCAAAGAGCAAGUACAACCUUGAGAAACCCUUCCUCUACCUGGCCAGAAAACUUGCUGGGGAUCCAAAUCUGCACUUUGUUGAGUCUCCUGCUCUUGUUCCUCCAGAAGUGCACAUCGACUUUGCCCCACAGCAGCAGCAUGAGGCAGAACUUGCGGAAGCAGCUAUUCAGCCACUUCCCGAUGGCGCUAGAAAAGCAGUUUUCAGGUUUGGAGACAGUAAUGAGCAUUCGAGACGGCAGGUGGUUUCAGCCUGCAUCCUUGCGAUUUUGGAGUUCUACAUCGGGGAUGGGAGAUGUUUUCACUUUUUCGGUUUUGCUAAAUUACAUAAUUGUUUCCGCUUGAUUUAUCAAAUUGACCUCAAUUUCGGCAAACAUGUAUUGAUAGUUAACAGCAUACAUAUUUUUUUAGACAAUUGCGGUACAUGGAUGCUGUCGAGGGUGUUAAAUAGGCAGGUCGGUUCGAAGAUGUUCCAACCUAAAUUAAUUCAUUUAAUUUGUGUUGAUCCAUUCUUUUAUAAUACAAUUUUGAUAAUUUGUACUCAGACCCGAUUUAUAUUGCUGUGA